GAAGCAUAACAAUAACGAGACUUGACUGUAAGUAUAUAGGACAUACUCUUCAUUGCACAGUAUUGUGCGGUGGUGUGCUUAGUUUAGUCACUAAUUAUCAUGUUGACAUCCAUAAGCACUAUAACGAAACAAAAAUCCGACGAUUGAUCAUGCUAUGAAUUCUUUUAAAAAAUUUAGAAUAUCAGAACAGAUAUUUCCUAAAAAAUAAGUAUCUAUUACCCAUCUAAUAUUUAAUAUUACGGGUCAAGUCUUGAAAUUUAAAAAGUGAUCAACAUAACAGUAUUAAUUAUUCAGCACAUUUCAUUUUAGUUGGUUAGAAAGAUAUAAUUGUAUAUUAAAAAAAAAAAAAAAAAUGAAGAUAAACGAAAAAAAUAUGAUGUUAUUUGCAACAUCCGCUACACCUGUAGACAAGGAAGGCUGGUUAAACAAACGAGGAGAACUCAAUAAAGGGUUUCAAAAGAGAUGGUUUGUUUUAAAAGGAAAUAUAUUAUUUUACUUCGAUCGUCGGGGUGACAAAGAACCCGUAGGAAUGAUUGUUCUCGAAGGAUGUACGGUUGAAUUAUCUGAAGAUGAAGAUCAAUAUAGUUUUAAAAUAAUAUUUCAUGGACCAAACAAUCGAAGUUAUGUUCUCGGAUCCGAAUCACAAGAAUCAAUGGAACAGUGGAUGAAAGCACUAGCUUGCGCCAGUUAUGACUAUAUAAAACUCAUGGUAGCGGAACUUCAAAGACAAUUGGACUUAGCUGCAAAAGAAAGCUUGAAAGGUGUCUCGGAAUCUGAAUUACCAAAACCGCCUCCAAGAAUGCGACAUAACCCGUUCAAUAGACCUGAGUUUCAUAAAAGAUCUCAAAGUGUGAAAUCAGCGCCCGGAAGAACAGAAAAUAUUCCUAGAAAUAAAGUUUCAUUUCGAGAACUACAUAAUUCCUAUGGUCGACGAGUACUUGCCGAUAUAAACGAUUGGAGACACCUGAAAAAGUGUGCGGAUAUGCCAUUAAUAUCCCUUUAAUAUAUAUACGAAUGAAUCAAUUAUAUUUAGAGAGUUAUCAUAAAAUGUGCAUGGUUUGUCAUAUUCUUCCUUAGUAUUUUUUUAAGGAUAUUUUUUUCUAAAUUGGCAUAGUUUAAAGAAUCAUAUAUAGCAGUUGGAAUAAAAUGUUUAUAAUAUUUUUUAGUUAACUAUUACGGAUUUGAGAAUGAUAAUAAAUAAUAAUAUUUAUCCAAAAAGUAUGCUGUAUUUAAAAUAUAUUUUUUCUUAUUCGUUUACAUAUUUCAAUACCUGUUCGUAUAAAUUAUUUAUUUAAAAGAAAAUACUAGGUUUCUAUUCAUUUUUAACAACCAAGAACAACGAUUUGAGGCCAAUUUAAUUACCCGUGCACAAUUAGAUCUAAGAAUUGGUGAAGUCCGAUCAUUUACAACAUAUGAUUAAAACCACGAGAAAAACUACCAAUCAUAAUGAUGAGCGAGCUACUGGCAGAUUAUGUCUAUUUCACUUCUAUUGAAACAUUUUUCAAUUAUA